GGUGACCGUAUGUGAGAGACCCGAACCCUUAUAAAGUAUACCGAUAUCUGAAGCAACUACCUAACCCUACUUAAGGAAACUAAUACCUUUUCAUCUGCUUACUUCAUCUGGCCCUGGUUUCAUCUUUUCUUCACAUUCCAACACUACAAAUACAAAUACACCUACAAAGACUACACUUAUACAAAUACAUAACCGAAAAUGUAUAUAUGUGAUCGACCAUCCAUUUAAACUUUCUUACUUCACAACUCCUUGAACCUAGACUUCUCUCAUUACAUCUUCAUGGCUCUUUACACUACCAUCUUCCUACACUUGCUGGUGAUGUUUUCGUACCAUGUUAACGAACUCUCAGCCAUCCAAAACUUCAAUCCAAAUAGUUUCAGUCCGGUCUUCAAUGACUCUCUGUCCCUCUCCUUCCCUCUAACUCCGCUCACUCUUUCUCCCAACUCCACUCUCCGCUCUUCUCUAAUCUCAUCGCAACAAAUAUCAGCAAGUUCCAAAUCCUACUCACACGGAAGCUUUCACUUCAGGUCAUGGUUUAAAUACUCAAUGGCCUUGAUAGUCUCUUUACCUAUAGGAACCCCGCCACAAGUACAACAAAUGGUCAUCGACACAGGCAGUCAGCUGUCGUGGAUCCAGUGUCGCAAGAAAAACCCGCGUAAACCUCACCAUAAAACUUCUUUUGAUCCGUCUCGCUCAUCUUCCUACUCCAUACUCCCAUGCAACCAUCCACAAUGUAAACCUGCAAUUCCUGAUUUUACCCUCCCCACCUCAUGUGACAGAACUCGACACUGUCACUACUCCUACUUCUAUGCAGAUGGAACUUAUGCUGAGGGCAAUCUGGUCAGAGAGAAACUAUCUUUUUCGCGAUACCAAAGCACCCCUCCUCUAAUCCUAGGCUGUGCUAUGAAAUCACGCGAUGCAGAGGGUAUUUUAGGGAUGAACCUCGGGAGGUUUUCAUUACCUUACCAAAUUAGGCUCAGUAAAUUUUCUUAUUGUGUCCCUUUUCGCCAGAAGCUCGCCAAUGUAAUGCCAGAUGGAGUUUUCUACCUAGGUCAAAAUCCGUACUCGCAUACAUUUCAUUACGUCGACAUUCUGACAUUCGCUAGAAGUCAUUUGAUGCCUAAUUUUGAUCCUCUGGCAUAUACUUUAAAAAUGGUUGGAAUAAGUAUUGGCGGGAAGAAACUCGACAUAGCGUCAUCAACGUUUUUACCAAACGCUGGUGGCGCUGGGCAGACGAUGAUCGAUUCUGGCACGGAGUACACAUUCUUAGUAGACGCCGCUUACACAAAAGUGAGGCAGGAAAUCGUGAGAUUAGUAGGUGGAAAAAUAAAAAGAGGCUUUGUUUACGAAAACACUCUGGACAUGUGUUUUGAUGGGAAUGCAGUGGAGAUAGGGAGAUCAAUCGGAGACCUUGUAUUCCAAUUCGACAAAGGUGUGGAGAUCAUGAUCGAGAAGGAGAGGGUGCUGGAGAAUGUCGGAGGCGGGGUCCACUGCUUCGGAAUUGGGAGGUCAGAGUUGUUAGGUGCUACAAGUAAUAUUAUUGGGAAUUUUCAUCAGCAGAAUCUUUGGGUGGAAUUUGAUCUCAGAAGUCUUAAAGUGGGGUUUGGAAAAGCUGAUUGCAGUAGAUCAGUAUAAAAUUAAGUUGUUAUAGUUGUUGUUAAAGGUGUGUGAUGUGUGUAUAUAUAGAUUGCCACUAGAAACUAUUGCCACUACACAGAGUCUGGCCUUGAUAUUGGUAUGAUUAGCAGCUAGCUAAUCAUCCACUCAUUUACAAAUUACAACUAGAGCAAAAAGAAUGAUUUUAUGUAAUCUUUAUUAAUCCCUGAUGAUUACAAGUCUAUAUGUCGGAUUAUAGUUCGAUUAAAGCAAAA